AUGCCCCAGUCUGCAAUCUCGACAGACCAAACCGCGACACAGUCUGCUGAAACCUACGCAUCUUCGUCGGCCACGAAGGUAUCCCCAGCACCUUGCCUAGACUCAAAACUGCCACCAAGUGCCUCAUUCCUCGGUAAAACGGGAGGGCAAAUCUUCCACGACAUGAUGGUUCACCACGGCGUCAAACACAUUUUUGGCUACCCCGGCGGUGCGAUCCUUCCAGUCUUCGAUGCGAUUUACAAAUCCAAGAACUUCGACUUUAUUUUGCCACGCCACGAACAAGGAGCAGGUCAUAUGGCGCAGGGAUACUCCCGAGUUACAGGAAAACCCGGCGUUGUUCUGGUUACAUCCGGGCCGGGAGCCACAAAUCUCAUCACUCCCAUGAUGGAUGCAUUGGCAGAUGGCACACCGAUGGUUGUAUUUUGCGGGCAGGUCAAAACCGGGUUGAUUGGAUUGGAUGCUUUCCAGGAGGCAGACGUUUUGUCUAUGUCCCGACCAUGCACGAAAUGGAACAUUAGCGUUCGAAGCCCGGCCGAACUACCAAAACGGAUUAACGAGGCUUUUGAAAUUGCGACAAGUGGACGGCCAGGCCCGGUGUUGGUGGAGCUACCGCAGGAUGUCACGGCCGGAAGACUACGUGAGAAUAUCCCUCUUUCACCGGUCUUGCCACGGCACCUGGGGACGGCAAGGACAGCCAUAAACCAACUCAAACAAGAUGAGUUGAUGCGUGCGAUUAGUGAAGUCGCAAGAUUGGUCAACGUGGCGAGGAGGCCUGUACUAUACGUCGGUCAAGGUAUCCUUGCAACACCUGAUGGGCCGCGACUUCUGAAAGAACUUGCCGACAAGGCAAGUAUACCUGUGACUACCAGUCUCCAGGGUCUUGGAGCCUUCGAUGAAGAAGAUCCAAAAGCAUUGCAUAUGUUAGGACUUCAUGGGUCCGGAUAUGCUAAUAUGGCAAUCCAAAGAGCCGAUUUGAUUAUUGCCUUGGGAUCAAGAUUUGAUGAUCGAGUGACCGGAAAUAUCGCCAAGUUCGCACCAGAAGCCAAAUUGGCAGCUGAACAGGGCCGCGGCGGAAUCGUCCAUUUUGAUAUCUCACCGAAGAACAUCAACAAAGUUGUGGAAGCCACAGUUCCCGUGGUGGGUGACUGUGCGGCAAAUCUACAGCUUCUCCUUCCACACAUUCAAUCGGCGGAACGGCCAGAGUGGCUAUCACAAAUACAAGAAUGGAAGGCAAAAUAUCCAUUUCAGGCAUACAACCGUAGCGGCCGAAAUGACCAGAUCUUGCCGCAGAGGUUUAUUGAACGACUUUGCCAAGCAGUGAGCCCUGUCAAAGAUCGAACGAUUAUUACCACUGGCGUCGGACAGCAUCAAAUGUGGGCAGCUCAACACUUCCGCUGGAAAUAUCCCCGGACAAUGAUCACCUCCGGGGGACUGGGUACAAUGGGCUAUGGACUCCCUGCCGCGAUAGGGGCCAAGGUUGCCCGGCCUGACGCCCUGGUAAUUGACAUUGACGGCGAUGCAUCUUUCAACAUGACUCUGAAUGAGCUACAAACCGCAAGCCAAUUCAAUAUUGGUGUCAAGGUGGUUCUGCUCAACAAUGAAGAGCAGGGCAUGGUCACACAUCUCCAAACUGUGUAUUAUGACAACCGCUUUUGCCAUAGUCAUAACCAGAAUCCUGAUUUCGUCGAAGCUGCUCGGGCAAUGGGGGUACAAGCAGAGGCUUGUUCGGAAGUUGGCGAGGUGGAGGAGAAGCUGAAGUGGUUGUUGGAAAGUGAUGGCCCUGCCCUCUUGGAAGUCAAGGUAGCCCAAAAGGCUUUGUCGCUACCCAUGGUUCGAUCAGGAAGCGCUCUUGAUGAUUUCCAGUUCUAUAGCGACUGA